AUGGAAAACGAAGAAAUAGAGUCCAUAUUAAAUUGUCCAAUUUGUAUGGAGGAAUACAAUGACCCGCGUAUCCUGCUGUGUCAACAUACAUUUUGUGAAGCCUGUUUAUCAACCUACAUCAAAGACUUAAGUAAGAACAAACCGCUAAAUGUUAGGUCAUUUCCGUGCCCUAUUUGUCGACACAAAACAAAACUGAGAAAUAACGCCGACGACGCAUCGUCAUUCGAAAAAGAUUUGACAAAGAUAGCAUUGCUGCAGUCCAAACACAUCCUCCUAAUGCAAGAUGAUGAGUCAUCAGAUGAAAGUGACAUAUUCGCGACACAAACCAUGACAACGCAAACAGAAGACGGAAAUAAAGAUUCCAAUUCAACGUCAUUACCUACUGAAAGUGUUAACGGUAACAUUCGAAAACCACCUUUGAAAAGAUACAGAAAACGUACAGUGAAAAAGAUUAAAAAGAGUAAAGAAAGAAUUGCCAUGAAACAAAAUCAACAGCUCAAGAAGAAAAAUAAAGAAUCGGAGAUUAAAUCAGACCUCUUUGUGGACAACUUUUAG